AUAGAAACCACAAAACUAUAAAUGCAUAAACAUUACUCAAACUAAAAAUGUCUGAACCCAAUAGAGCACCAGUGGAUUUCUUCAUAAAAAUGCAUAGUGCAUUGAUGGUUAAGAAUUAUAGUACUGCAUUGAAUUACUGCAAUACAAUUUUGAGUUAUGAACAGACAAAUGAGACAAUGAUGACAUUUCACGAACUACUUACAAAAAAAAUAAACAUGAUGGAUGAGAAAUCUAGUACAGAUACAAGUUGCAGUGAGUCUAGCUCAUCGGAAAGUGAGAACAAUGUAAUGUGAAAAAAAUAACAAAUUCAGUAUUUAAAUCUAAUUAUAUUACACACACAAUUAAUUUAUUUACAUUUUGAUUAUUUAUACAAAUAAAUCUGUGAAUAUUUUUUUCUUUUUAACUAUUUAAAAACUUAAUAACUAGUUUAUGAAAUAAAUAUACUAUUAUUUUAGGCUUUUUAAUGAAAAUAUGACAUUACAUAUUUACAUUUGUAUACAAAUACCAAUUUAGACAAACUAAGAAAUAUAAUUAUCCAAAUUUGAAUGUCUAUUUAAAUGCU